GCGGUAGCACAGCUGCUGCUUCUUCUUCUUCCACCCGCUUGGGUUGUUUCUGUGGUCCCAUUUUAGUUUGGAAUUAAAAUAAAUUAACUCACACUCGACACUCGAUGGCCUUUUAGGCAAUACAUACCGAAAUGCAUUCGAAUGCAGUUAUUGAUUUGAUUUGUGUGUAUCCAAAUGCCAAAUUGCAUAACACAUCAUCGCGACGCCCACAAGGAGCGAGAAGAAGAAGAACCACCACCAGGAGUAGGAUUUCCAGGCAGUGAUUUAAUCUGAUUUAUUUAAUUUAUUUCGUGGCAAAUAAGUUGUAAAUGCGCUAAUUUGCGCCAGAAGGUAUGCAACCGCAGUCGGACAAACAAAGCGCCAGCAGACUCGCAACAACAACUAGCAACACAACAGCAGCAACUUCCGCAGCAGCAGCAGCAGGCACUCCUCCAAAAGUAAAGGUCAUCAAGAGCAAGCGACCGCUGUGCCACUUUAAGUUCUACCUGGACAUCUGCGACCAUCAGCUAGCCAAGCGCAUUGAGGCCGAUAUCAAGGCUUUGGGUGGACAUCUCGAGUUCUUCCUGAGCGACAGUAUCACACACUUUGUCACCGACAAGCCAGAAGCCAGUGGCGGAGCACCCAGGACACCCGGAACACCAGGCACACCCAGCACACCCACCAAUCACUAUCAACAGGAUGAUGGUUCGGCCAGGAAACCGAAUCAGCGGCAAUCUAGAGCGGAUGCUAUACUGAGUCGAGUGCGCAGGAGCACGGUUGGAGUGACACAGAGUAGCAAUAGCACGCCAACGACUGCCGUAAAGCGAAGCUAUACCAUCUGGCAGACGGAUUACGCCCAGCGCUUUAUCAAACGCAUUCAGACUGAGCUUAAGCAAUACCUUGAGGGCAAGAAGGAAGGUGGAGGAGCAUCAUCGACUACCAGUCCCCAUCACAUUCAGCUAAAAAAGCAGUAUGUGAAGAUCGAAUCCGUCAAGCGAAACUAUAGACCUUACUAUCAUCUCAUCAAGCAGCCAGACGACUGGCCAAAGAUAGACUUAAGCAGCGACGACGGCGCCUUUCGACUACUAACCAAGUCGAAGACCAAGGAGAAGGAGCAGAGCAUGACCCGCAGGUCUUUGGGUUCACGCACAUCCCAGAAAGAGAAGCCACCCCAGCAUCCAGCUCUGCAGCAGCUUAAAAAACAGUCGGCAAUACCACCGAAUAGUCCGCGUUCCAAUUGUCGCGAACCCAAGGAUUCGAGUGAGAAACAGGGUGGAGUUUGUGAGAUCUGCAAAUUGGAGUACGAUAUCCUGAAUAUCCAUUUGCAGAGCAAAGAUCACGAGCUGUUUGCCAAGAAUUCGAAGAAUUUUCUGGCCCUAGACACGCUAAUUCGUAGUUCAGCGAAUGUGAAUCGGUUCCUGGAGGAGGAGCCCGAAGAGAGUGAACUGGACAUGGAUGUGGAUGAAUCGUUGAGUAAUGAGGAGUUGCAGAGUCCCCGCCAGAGGCCAUCGCCAGCAUUGCGCGAGAAAUCCAAGAGGAUAACCAAGGGAAAGCAUUCGUCGGAAAAGUUUCAAGCGUCUGGAGUUGCCUCGCCUCAAACGCCUUCGCCGGGUGGCAAGAAGGCACUGGGAAACCCACCCGGUAGCCUGUCGGAGCUCCAGCGCCAGGAGCAUCCAACCACAGCCGCGGCAACGCCUACAGGACGUAGGAAAACGCAGAAUUCUGGUCUGUCGCCACCCAUAAGAGCCAUGUUGCCACCCUCAUCACUUUACAAAGUGGUGGAAACCAGGGAGGAAUGUGCCACGCCUCCCAGAGGAAGAGGAAGACCACCCAACCAAGUGGAUUCGCCAUCGCUAAUUGUCAAGUUCCAGAAGAUCAGGCAAACCGAGUUGCAACGACUCAACGGGGAGGCGGAGAACUUUAUGUUCCCCAGAACAGCGGUUACCACGACGCGGAGCAGCAGUGAGCUGCCCACGGAUGUGGAUCGGCAAACCACCUCGGAUGUGCGGGGCAGGCACAGCAUCUCCUCCGCCAGCCUAGACACCAGCACCAGCGAGGCGGAGACGAAGGAAUCUUCGGGAUUACCCAUCUCCCACAUACGCAAGCGAGCCCAGGCAGUGGGAAGGCGGAGAAAAGUAGGAGGAGGAGGAGCAGCUGCCCAGGAGCAGCUGCAGCGCCAACUGUCCACCGGGAGUAGUAGCAGCAAUAGCAACCAGCAGCGCUUUCCGAGCGCCCCCAUCCAGCCAGAGGAAGAGCCUCAACCGCAGCCACAGCCGCAGCUAAAGAUCAAGAUGAAGCAGGAGCAAGUGGUGGCCACCAGGAAGAGCAGUCGCACGGCCACGGCCAUUGUGACAGCGGCCACUGCCAGCAGUCAUCAGCAGCAGCAGCUCAGGCAGACAACCAGCCGGAAAAUGGCCAAUAAACUGGAGGAUCGGAUGGGGGAGUCAGUAAUAAAGCCCAAGAUGAAAAUCAAGAAGGAGGUUAUCGAAGUGGAGGAGGAGUUGGAAGACCUGGAAGACCUAUUGGAUAACGAAUUAGGCGACAGCAGUUUGUCCUCGGGCAGCGAUGAAGAUUACGUAGCUAGCAGUCAUCGCAAAGCCUCGGCGGCACCACGAAAAUCCACGGAUACUCGAGAGCAGAGGGCCGCUAGGCGGCUGUCCAGAUUAACCAUAAACCGAAGUGCCGGAGAGCUAGAGUUAACCACCGAAGUCAAGUCCUCGCCCCCGCGAAGAAGUCGCGGAAAGAGCCAGAAGCCGUCGAGUCCCACGAAAAACAAGGUCAAGCAACCGAAGAUUGCGCCACCAGCGAUGGAUUUGUUCUUCGAUUGCAGCAAAAGCGAAAGGCUACAGGAAAUGCAAUACACAUUCGAAUCGCUGCCGAGAGGAGAGCUAUGGAAUCGGGUGUUCCUGCGGCAGGAUGCGGGAGAGGAGAACUAUUACACGUACUACGGUAGCACGAACUAUAGGAAACUGCCCUAUGAAAUGGGUCCCAUACCCAUGGCCAAAACAUUGCCGGCACACAGUUGUGCAAUGUGUUGCGAGGCAGGAAAGCAGGAAAAUCGCGAGGAGCUAAAGCAGGAAGAUCAGAAGCCUGUGCCCAAAAAGGAAGUCAAGAAGGAGGAGGAAGCACAGUCCUCUUCCUCCGCCACCUAUAAGAACAAAAAGCUGCACCUUCUGCAGCGUUAUCAGCAGGAACAGGAGCAACUGCAGCAGCAGCUGGAGGGGAAUUCCCUGGCCACUGCCAUAGCCAAAUGUGAUAGCAAGGCGAGCACCCCAGAACUACUGGAGCGGGAGUUUGCCUCGGGCUCUCUGGGAGAUCGAGUGCAGCUGAUAGAGCGGGUGAGGAGCACCUCCAGUUCCAGUUGCAGCAACAGCCAGCGGAGCGGGAUUACCUGCAGGAAUAAGCAGCUGGCGCGAAUUGCCGAGUUGCCGCCAAGGAAAUCUCCCCGGGAACAUGCCUCCACUUUGGCUUUGGUCAGUUGCAUCAUAAGGCAGCGUCAGGAUUCGCAAAGUAAAACGAAUUCCGAAGCGGAAGAGCCACCUCCCCCUGUGGUGGUGGUUGCUCCAAAGCUUAAGACUCCCAUGAAACAGGAACCCAUUGUUGCACCCUCAUCGCCCAGAACAACUCGUUCGCAGGCUGCAACGCCAGUGGAGGAACUUCGAUUUGCCACCGAGAUUAGCGAGACGGUGAAGAGGAUGAGGCGUGGGCAAAACAAGUACGAUCAUUCUCCGCCUGCACCGGCGCAAAAUCCCAAUCCCACGCCGGGAACUUCCUCGCCAGCCAGAAGUCGUCGCCUUACGCCGGCCGCACAAAAUUUAGGACAAAGCUAUUCGCGCCGCUUGCAAUUCACAACCAGCCAAAGGGAAUCCUCGGCGAGUGCGCUGUUGGGCAAGCGCAGUAGAAGAGUUAAUCCUGCGGUAGUGCGUCCCAAUAUCCAGCAAGCUCCCGGAAUGGGCGCCUUUCGCGGCGUUCGCAAAUUGCCCAGCAAAAAGGGUCUGCUCGAAUACGAAAUGGAACCGUGUGCCCUCAAAGCUCUCGAUCAACAAGCCAGUCAGUAUUGUAAUCCGGGUUUCGUUGCCUGGCAGUUGGACAAAUACCUGGAGCUAGCUGGCAAGGAGUACGAUCUGGAAGAGGACGAACUGCCGGUGGUGAAGGAGAGCGAAAGAAGAGAGGAAAGGCUUGUAACUCCACCACCCACUGAUUGCUUCACAAGCGAGUUUGACUUGUGCGAUUUGAUACUGGGUAGCGCAGGCAGUGGCGAUGAUGAGGACGAGGUAGCCAGAGGAAAUCUACCCGGCUCCAGUCGACGAAUGAGCAAUCUCAAUCUGUAUGCCAGCUAUUAUAGAAAGAAAAAGAGCCUGAAAUCCAAUCGCACGGGCUGGCCAAAAGCUCAGAGGCGGCGGAAUGGAGGAAGUCGAUCCUUGCCAGAUGAGCGAAUUAAUUUCCAGAAAAUGGGUCUGGCCGAGCUUCACCCCAUAAAGCAGGAGCCGAUGGAAACGGAGGAGGAACAGACCACGACCACCACCACAACCACUACGACUUCAGCGAGCAGGGAAAAAUUGCUUAGCAAAGAAGAUGAAGAUGAUGAAGGUGGUGGUGGCAGAGAUGACGAUGAAUCACCUGCCGAUGAUAAACAGAAUUCGCGAGAAGAUGCCGUGAUGACGCCGCCAGCGACCGAUGUUGAUGAGCAGGCUGAACUGGAGAGUCUGCCCGACGAAGAUGAAACCAUGGCGGAUUCCGUGGAUCAACAGCAGGAUGAUGAGGCUGAAAUCGAAGCCACUGAUGCGGAUGUCGAAGAGGAGGAGGAGGAGGAUGAGGAGGAUGUCUUUGAAGAUGCCUACGAAGAGCAGGAGAUAAGCCCGAAAAAGACAGAGCCGCCGGAGAAACGAGCACGGAUACCGCCCUCCAUAUCUGUAACUACGCCACCCGAAGAGCACUCCGCGCAGGGCAAGAAACUCCUACUCACUCUGCACAAUGGCCAGAGACUUCAGGCCACCUCGACGCCAAGUUCGGGACAAGUUCAACAGCAGCAGAGAAGAACGCCACAGCUGAACGGUAGCCUAGGCAGCUGCAUUUCGCCCAGCGAGAAGCUGGGAGACAAUUCGGACAUCUUCACCGUUUCGUCGGAUGGACUGGAUACCGAUCUCGAUUUGAGCAACACCCAGGCGGGCGAUUCGCACGAGCAUUGCCCACACCAGACGACGCCGAAGCGGAAGUUCGACAUCUCCAAGUAUGCGCCACCAAACAAUGGAAAGGCGGCGAGCAGUUGUGCCGCCGAAGCGGCGACGGCUGCCGUCAAAUCCCUGGCCAUCUCGCAGUUCCUCAAGAAGGAGGUGCGUGUCACCUGCCGGCGGCUAAGAGCGCCAUUCCGACGCUUUCGAUACCGCCGCUGAGCACAGCACGUCAUCAUUAUCAUCAUCCAGAUCAAGAAACGCAUCAUUCAGCACCAAUCACGUUUAGCUUUUAGUGUGUACAGCGACGAUGAGUUAUAAGUUUCAGUUUUUAGGUAUUUUUAGGCCACAAAUCCCUCCAAAAACCAGAAAAACACAGCGAUAUCAAAUCGGUCAUCUUUUCAAUUUUAAUUUCGUAUUAAAUUUGGCAAAGUGAAUGUUGAAUAAAUACCUAUUAAAUGUUUUCGCUUACUAUCUAUCUUUUGAGACUAAACCACUGC